AUGCUGAGGCUGCAGUACUGCUUCCCAGACACGUACCCCGUGGGCUAUGGCAAGUGCUGCCGCGACCCAGGCAGCCCUUGGUACAAAGCCUUCAUGGAGCCUGCUUGCUGGGACAAAGAGUUUGGCAUCACCUUCGAGAACUGCUGCGUGUUUGAGUAUGGACCACGGCUUCGAGGCCUACCCUUCACCAGCUUUGCGGAACCGUCGGCCCUGGUACACUUCGAUGUUCCGAAAACUGGCCGCCUUCGGUUGAGGUCGGGCUACGAUGUCUUGCAGACAGAGGAGUUUUCCAGUUUCUGGCCCGGUGGUUGGAUCUUUGCACGCUUGUUGGCCGACCUUCAUGGUGCCGUGAGAGACGCUGAGGAAUUCGGAUGGGAGGAGGGCGCGGCGAAGCUUCGACCCAUGGUCGGAGGAGACCUGCAAAUCCUCGAUGUCAGUUGCGGCCUGGGCCUGAGCUCUAUCGCAGCAGCACGAGCUGGACACAACGUGACAUCGACCGAGAUCUCUCAGAAGGUGCUACGACUCCUCGGGCAAAAUGCCCAGCGCAACGGCGUCCAGCUGCGCCUUUGGCGUUGGAAUCUGCUGGCUGAGAUUGUGCCAGCAUUUCCGAAGUCUGGGUAUCACCUGUGCUUGCUGGACCUCGGCUGGCUGAAUGCGAAAGACCGGGCAAUGCAGCUGAUGAAUGGUCGGGGGAUCUCUGUCUCCCUGGAGGAGGAGUGGCCAAGUGUAGAAAGUGUCUUGAGAAAGACUCUGGAAACACUGGGGAAACUUGGUGGCUGUCAGCUUCACGCGUUCAUUGGGCGAACGAAAUCUGGCGAUGCGGUUGUGUUGGAGGCAGCUGAGGUGGAAUUCGACACCAAGACCCGGGAGUUGCUGCGUGCCUUGGAUGCUUUGGACGCUGUGUUUGGAACUUCUGCUGGUGUGAGCGCUGUCACGGUGAGUCCGCUGGGCUGGCUGGAGAACGUAGGAUGGACGCCUCCCAUUUGGCACCACCUCAUCCUCUGGUAG